AUGAAGAAAAAAAUGAAGAGGUGCUGUUUUACACAAGUAGAAAAGGUUUGGGGAGAAGAUCACCCUAAAAACAUGACCAAAUUGAAGUGGUUUUUCAACUUGGUUACUGUCUUAACGUGGAAUAAAUACUAUUGGACAGUGACACUGAAGAACCCGCCCCCCAGCGCCGCCGCCCCGCUCCACGCAGAACUGCAGAAUUUUGCUAAAGUUAUAAAAGCAGGACGACCCAAGCUGAGGAAACCCAGCAAGACUAGUGACUUCGGUGAUAUCACCAAUUGGCCAACACCAAGUGAAAUAGCAAACAAUGAAUGCAAAGUCAAUCAGAAUAAAAAGCCACCAAAUAGAAAAGAAAAGGAAGAGAAACAUGAGAAGAGAGCCAGCAAUGAAAUCAAAGAAACCCUGGAAGUAAAGCCAGAUGGUCUGGGAGAAAAUGUUAGUGAAGAUGAAGCUCAGUGUAACAGUCAAAGGAAAAAAGGUAACAAGCAGAAAUGGGUACCACUUCACUUGGAUGAUGUAAAACCUGAUAGCCCAGAAAGACCAGGAUCUCGAAAUAGCUCAAAAUCUCAGCCUGAAACAAAUAAAUUAGCAACACCUACUAACAGACGAACUGAGACAAGAAGCUGGCGCCGUGAUAGGGAAAAGAGAGAUGACCAUGAUGAAGUUUCCAGUGUGAGAAGUGAGGGUGGAAGUGUUCGAGGACUCUUUAGAGGCAGAGGAAGAGGUCGAGGGAGAGGAAGAGGGCGUGGCAGAGGAAACCCUAGAAUGAACUAUGAGUAUUCAUAUGGUUACCAAGAAUUGUAUGGUGAAAGGACUGAUCAGGCAUUUCAACCAGAACUUAACACUAGUAUGAUGUAUUACUAUGAUGAUGGAACGGGAGUGCAAAUGUAUUCUGUGGAUGAAACACUGCUCAAAGAAUACAUUAAGCGUCAGAUUGAGUAUUAUUUCAGCACAGAAAAUUUGGAAAGAGACUUCUUUCUGAGAAGAAAGAUGGACCAACAAGGAUUCUUGCCUAUUUCUUUGAUUGCCACCUUCCACCGUGUGCAAGCUCUGACUACAAAUGUUAACCUCAUUCUAGAGGCUCUAAAGGAAAGUACGGAAGUGGAAAUAAUAGAUCAGAAGAUGAGGAAAAGGAUAGAUCCAGAAAAAUGGCCAAUUCCUGGUGCCUCUCCAUGUAAUCUGCAACAGACUGACUUCUCUCAGCUCAUCAACUGUCCAGAAUUCAUACCAGGCAAAGCAUUUGGCUCUCAUACUGAGUCUGCACCAAGCUCUCCCAGAAUGGGAAGUCCAUUAAGUCCAAAGACAAGUAGUGAAACCAGUAACCUUCAAACAAUGUCUAAAGGAUUGUCUACAAGUCUGCCAGAUCUUGACUCUGAACCUUGGAUAGAAGUAAAAAAGAGACAUCGUCCAUCAACAGUUAAAUUAAAGGAAUCUGCACCUGCACUUGAUCAAACAACAAAUCAGCAAAAGCAGCCCCCACCUCGAGAGGAACAAGAGCAAGAAGAGCUUGACUUUUUAUUUGAUGAAGAGAUGGAACAAAUAGAAGGUCGCAAAAAUAAGUUUACAGAUUGGUCAGACAGUGAUUCUGAUUAUGAAAUUGAUGACCAGGAUGUAAACAAGAUUUUGAUUGUAACACAGACACCGCCUUACAUGAGAAAACAUCCUGGUGGAGAUCGUACUGGUAAUCACGUGUCUCGUGCAAAAAUUACAUCAGAACUUGCUAAAGUCAUUAAUGAUGGUUUAUACUAUUAUGAACAGGAUUUGUGGAUGGAGCAAGGUGAGAUCGAUUCAGCAGCUAUGAAGCAAGAGGUUGAAAACUUUAAGAAGCUUAAUCUCAUUAGUAAAGAAGAAUUUGAUAAUCUUGCACCUGAACCAAUCAUUGAUCCAAACCAGGAAGUUCCUCCAGGGCCUCCAAGAGCACAGCACGAUUUAACAGAUGAACUGUCUUGUAAACUGUUUGUUGUAGAAGUACCUCCAACCGCAGUGGCUCGUUCACUGCCAACAGCGGUCCCAGAAUCUCCAAGAGUUCAUCCUGCUAGAACACCCAAAACGCCUCGGACCCCACGGCUCCAAGAUCCUAACAAAACGCCAAGAUUCUAUCCUGUGGUUAAGGAAGCAAAAUCCAUUGAUGUAAAGACUCUGAGGAAAAGGAAAACACGACAUAGUACAAACCCUCCAUUAGAAAGCCAUGUUGGUUGGGUAAUGGAUUCCAGAGACCACAGGACAAGGACCUCUUCUGUGAGCAGUUCAAAUGCUUCACCCUCAGAAGGUGUCCCCCUUCCAGGAAGUUAUGGGUGUACCCCUCACUCACUUCCCAAAUUUCAGCAUCCUUCUCAUGAACUUUUAAAGGAAAAUGGCUUUACACAACAAAUCUACCACAAAUACCGUCGAAGGUGUCUGAUGGAAAGGAAACGUUUGGGAAUUGGCCAGUCCCAAGAAAUGAACACACUCUUUCGUUUCUGGUCCUUUUUUCUCAGAGAUCACUUUAACAAGAAAAUGUAUGAGGAAUUCAGACAGCUUGCUCUAGAUGAUGCAAAAGAGCACUACAGGUAUGGAUUAGAGUGUUUGUUCAGAUUUUACAGCUAUGGUCUGGAAAAAAAAUUCAGGCAAGAGAUUUUCAAGGAUUUUCAAGAAGAAACAAAAAAGGACUAUGAAUCUGGUCAGCUGUAUGGCCUAGAAAAGUUUUGGGCUUAUCUAAAAUACUCUCAAUAUAAGACUCCGCCAAUUGACCCCAAAUUGCAAGAAUACCUCAGUAACUUUAAGAGAUUGGAGGACUUCAGAGUUGAUCCUCCUAUCAGUGAAGAAUCUGGAAGAAAAAGACCUCCUAAUGUAAUUGGUGAGGAGACUGGUCAUUCUAGACACCAGUCUAAUUCCUCUACUAAGACGCUGCUUGCUGCUAGACCUUCAGCUGCCAAUCAAUCUCAGGUCCCAGGAAACUUUUCCAGUAGGAAUACUCUACAGGAGUCUAGUGACAACGUAGGCCACAACAGUGCUACCACAAAAUCAAUAAAUGGUGACAUGCCUGAGCAAUAGACGUAAGAUGUGCUUGUGCCCUUGAGAUCAUCCUUUACAUCAGUGUUUAAGUAUAGCAUCUUCAGGGGAGCUGUUACAAUGCGUGAUUAAAAACAAAAGUAUAGGAAGACAAAGGAUUGCAUUUUUCUCUUUCACAAGAUUAAGUUUGAAAUAUUUUCCCUAAGCGAGUAGUUCUUUGUUUUGGGAUCAUCAAAGAUCCAGAGGAAAUGUCUCUUUGGCUUCAGUAUUGCUUUCCUCAAGCUGUUGUUUACAAAACCUGCAUACCUGUACUAUAUGCAAAAAAAUUUCUGGGGAUGCCUUACAUUUCAGCUCAUGCUUCUUAAAGAAGGUGUGGUAUAUCCAAGUUACUUACUGAGCUUUCUUCACCCAAAUUUUCCCCUUGUUGGUUAAUAUUUUUACUUAUCAAAGCCAAAAGAUUACAUAUAUGUAUAUUUUUAAAAUAUAGAGAGAAUCUAAGUUGGUAGGUUCACUCUUAAAUAUUUAACUCUAAAAAGGAAAUCUUUUAUAUGUAUGCAUAUAGCACACUCGGGAUGUGCAACUGUAUGGAAGUGUGCGCGCACUUGUGGAGUCUAGUUCAUUAUUUUGCUUUCUGCUUAACCUUCAUAGUUAGUGUUGUGGUAGGCAUGGAGUUUUCUGAGUCGACGUCAUCAACUGGUUUAGUUUUAGGGAAGGUUUUAUUCAAAGGUAAAAUACACAGAAGAGAGGGUAUGUUAAUUUACGUAUGGUCCCAAAUUCACUACAUGUAGUUGCUGUUUGUGCAGGCUGAUAAAAUUGCAAAUAACAUUCAAGAUGUUUUCACUUUCAGAGAGGUUCUUGUUUUGUUUUGCUUUUCAUUUAAGUUUGCUUUAUUUUAUGCUUGUAAAAUGCUGUACAAGAGAGGUAUAACAGAUAUUUUUUAAGACUAUUUUCAUUUCAACUAAUAUAAUAUUUUAGUUCUGAGGGGAAUUUAAAGCACUCAUUAUAAAUUUAUAUUUUGCUCUAUUUUAGAAUCUAUUUGAAUGAAGUUACAGUUUUAAAUUCUGCUAGUUAACAAAAAAUGAAAUUUCAAAAACAGGUCUAAAUAUAAUUUCAUAAAAUGUAGAUGUUUAAAUGUUAAGCAUUAGUUACUAGUGAUGGGAGGUAGGAAAAUUUAUUAGUUGUUAUCACCUGUACUUUCGUUAUUUCUUUCAUUUAUUUUGAUCCAGAAGAUUUAGUAUACCUGUGGAAAUGCAUGCAUUCUCUUUCCUAAUGUAGGGGGGAAGAUGGGGAUUAUUUCAUUUUUGCUAUACUAGUUAACUGCAGAAAGGCCUUAGGUUAACUGUAAAGUUAACUUUCUAGAAGUUAUAUCUAACACUGAUGCCUUAAAUGUUGGGAGUAUCCUAACUGGUUCAACAUCCCUACAUUGAGUUUUAAACUUGUAAUGGAUGUCAGAGGUUUAUGUAAAUCAAAUCUGUUUAAAAAAUCCACUCAUUGCCUUGUGAAUCUCAAUAGAACAAUUAUGAAUAUGUACACAUUUGUAAAUGAGCAUAUAGCAGUGGCCUUCCCAGUAGUUAGUUUCCAUACAAAACUGAGCUGUUUAGAAGUGUCUUAAUUUAAAAGGAAAAUAGGUAUUAACAUUAAUUGUUACCUACAAACAUUUUAAAUAGCAUAUUUUCAACAUGCUGAAGUUGUACAUCUGAAACUUGUUUAAUCUAUGCCUCCUAUCCAUAAAAAUGAUGCAAAUGUAAAUUGGGAUUGAAACUGUAUAUACAAGUAAUAGAAUUUUUGCUUUCACUUUUUCAUCAAAUGAUAUGUGUGCAUAUUUAGCUUUUUUAGUGUGUGUAAUUUGUGGUGUAUCUUUGCAAAUUUUAUAAAAAUACCAAAAAACC